AUGGUGCACUCGUGUGGUCUCGUGUAUCUCGCCUUUGUCGGUCUCGUCGGGCAAGCGGUGGCGACUCCUGCGCCCAAUCUUCACAGCCGCGCUGGCAAGAUCUCGACUUCGCUCCCGCUGCACAAACGCGUCUCGCGUAGAUCGAACGGCCUGUCCGAUCUCGACACCCGCAUCGCCCAGCUGCAGGCAACCAAGUCCAAGUACGGUCUCCCUCUCGACGAGGAAGAUUUUAAGGCUACGAGUCGUCUCUCAAAGCGUGCAUCGGGUAGUCAGGUCGCGCUCGCCGGCAACGACGAGUGAGUCGUCCCCUCCGCGGAGAAGAUGACAACGACGUCAGCGCGAAAUCGCCUUGACUGACGAGAUCUAUGGUGGCGGCGUGACUGUGCUCGAUCGAAACCAACCUUGACAGAUCCUACUAUGCCUCCAUUUCUCUUGGUACACCCUCCUACACGUACGAGGUUGCCCUCGACACCGGAUCAGCUGUAGGUCUCCGCGUGCUCCAGCUCGGUCGAGGGAUUUGCCACUCGAGUGCUUGCUGUCGCACGCGCUGACUCUCUAUAUGCACCUACUUUGUCCGAUACAACAGGAUCUGGUUAUGGUAACAUCUGACGACAACAAGCAAGCAUGCGCAUCUGAAUGCACCAUCACGAGCCAGCUCUACCCGGCCACGAACGGAUCUUCGUCGGCCAAAUCGCUCGGCCAAUCGGUUGACAUCGUCUACGGCACCGGGUCUGCUAACGGUGUGCUUGUCGCGGACACGAUGACGAUGGGUGGCUUCACGGCGCAACAAAACAUCGCCGCUUGCGACAACGUUACUGGAUUGACGACCUCGCCGGACCAGUCGGGCCUCAUGGGUCUCGCUUUCCAAGCCUUGUCGGCCUCCGGCUCGAUGCCCUUCUUGCAGGGCCUCUACACCGCCGGCUCCCUCUCGCAGCCGUUGUUCGCGCUUGCUGGCGCAGAACUUGGCCCUCAGGAUGUUCCUUCGUUCGAUGCCGUCGUACCUGGUGGCUUCAUGGACAUUGGUACGACCAACUCGUCGUUGUACACGGGCACGAUCAACUACGUCGGCCUCACGAUCAGCAAAGGUCUUUACUGGCAAAUCCCCCUCGACGCCAUGACACUGCAAGGGACCAACCUCGGGAUCUCAGCUUCGGCCGUGGUCAUCGACUCCGGAACGAACUCGAUCGCCGUUCCCCAAAGCAUCGCCAGCGCCAUCUACGCCGGCAUCUCGGGCUCGCAGGCCAUUCCCAACAGUGGCGGACUAUACGCGUAUCCUUGCGCGACCUCGGUCACGCUGACGAUGACCUUCGGUGGUGUCGUGUACUCAAUGCCGCCUAAGAACUUCAACACCGGAACGGCGACGAAGAGUGGGACUUUCUGCGUUGGAGCCGUUUCUUCGCUCGGCACGUCGCAGAGUGCCAAGGAUACCUUCAUUGUUGGAACGCCCUUGUGAGUGGCCGCGAUCGCUCGUUCUUCGAUCGAGUGACUGACUCGAUGUUUGUGCUCCAUUCCCAGCCUCAUGAGCCUGUACCAAGUAUACCGAUUCGAGCCCGCUGCUGUCGGUUUCGCGACCAUCACGACCGCGUCGGUCUUGACCUCGGGCGGAAUCCCUGAAUCCAACGGCACCUCGGCCUCGGGUGGUCCUUCUUCCGGUAUUAAAACGUCGGCACGUAUCACGGCGACCGGCACGACUGCUGCGUCGGCUACGGGUAGCGCUUCGGGUAGUUCGGGCUCGAGUUCGACCACUCGAGGAUCUGCCUUGGGUGCGAUCCUCGGUCUCGCGAUGACCGCCGGCGCGUUCGCCGCCCUAGCCUAA